AUGAGUGAAGAGGUGGAGCGAAUAGUCCGGCACGGAGCGUGUUAUUUCCUACUGAGAAUUCAAACAUGGGCAAAAAGUGUGAGUGAUGAAGGAGGUGUGGUCUCUGUGACUGUCAGUCUAAAUGGAGGAGGUGUGGCCUCUGUGAAUAUCAGUCUAAAUGGGGGAGGUGUGGCCUCUGUGAAUAUCAGUCUAAAUGGGGGAGGUGUGGCCUCUGUGAAUAUCAGUCUAAAUGGGGGAGGUGUGGCCUCUGUGAAUAUCAGUCUAAAUGGGGGAGGUGUGGCCUCUGUGAAUAUCGGUCUCAAUGGAGGAGGUGUGGCCUCUGUGAAUAUCAGUCUAAAUGGAGGAGGUGUGGCCUCUGUGAAUAUCAGUCUAAAUGGGGGAGGUGUGGCCUCUGUGAAUAUCGGUCUCAAUGGAGGAGGUGUGGCCUCUGUGAAUAUCAGUCUAAAUGGAGGAGGUGUGGCCUCUGUGAAUAUCAGUCUAAAUGUAGGAGGUGUGGCCUCUGUGAAUAUCAGUCUAAAUGGGGGAGGUGUGGCCUCUGUGAAUAUCAGUCUAAAUGGAGGAGGUGUGGCCUCUGUGAAUAUCAGUCUAAAUGGGGGAGGUGUGGCCUCUGUGAAUAUCAGUCUAAAUGGAGGAGGUGUGGCCUCUGUGAAUAUCAGUCUAAAUGGGGGAGGUGUGGCCUCUGUGAAUAUCAGUCUAAAUGGAGGAGGUGUGGCCUCUGUGAAUAUCAGUCUAAAUGGGGGAGGUGUGGCCUCUGUGAAUAUCAGUCUAAAUGGGGGAGGUGUGGCCUCUGUGAAUAUCAGUGUCAAUGGAGGAGGUGUGGCCUCUGUGACUGUCAGUCUGAAUGGAGGAGGUGUGGCCUCUGUGACUGUCAGUCUGAAUGGAGGAGGUGUGGCCUCUGUGACUGUCAGUCUGAAUGGAGGAGGUGUGGCCUCUGUGACUGUCAGUCUGCAUGGAGGAGGUGUGGCCUCUGUGACUGUCAGUCUGUAUGGAGGAGGUGUGGCCUCUGUGACUGUCAGUCUGCAUGGAGGAGGUGUGGCCUCUGUGACUGUCAGUCUGUAUGGAGGAGGUGUGGCCUCUGUGACUGUCAGUCUGAAUGGAGGAGGUGUGGCCUCUGUGACUGUCAGUCUGAAUGGAGGAGGUGUGGCCUCUGUGACUGUCAGUCUGAAUGGAGGAGGUGUGGCCUCUGUGACUGUCAGUCUGAAUGGAGGAGGUGUGGCCUCUGUGACUGUCAGUCUGAAUGGAGGAGGUGUGGCCUCUGUGACUGUCAGUCUGAAUGGAGGAGGUGUGGCCUCUGUGACUGUCAGUCUGCAUGGAGGAGGUGUGGUCUCUGAUAUUACUAGUUACACUGAAAGAGGUAUGGCCUCUCUGACAGUUAGUCUCAAUAGAGGACAUGUGUCCUUUGUACCUGCCAGUUACACUAAAGGUUGCAUGACCUUUGUGUCUGUCAGUCCCUGA